UGGAGGUAGAGAUACUGGAAUUUUUAUUUUUACUAGUAAUGGCGGCUAUCAGCGACUUAUAGCGGGACUGCGGCAGACAUUCUGACACUGGGGGGAACUGACUUGGUGUCACUGACAUCCCCAGUGACACCAAUACAGUGAUCAGUGCUAAAAAAAAGCACUAACACUGUACUAAUGGCACUGGGCAGGAAGGGGUUAACAAGAGGGGCGAUCAAAGGGUUAACUGAGUGCUGGUUUUACUAUGGGGCCAUGUGUUUGUGUUUCACUGUAUUCACAAUGCUUUGCAUGGCUGGGCUAUGCACAGCCAUCCAAAGCAGUGUGCACAAGCUGACAGGGAGGAGAACUGUUUUGUUUACAGAGAGUUCUCCUCCCCAU